UCAGAGUUCAUCCAUCUUUACAUGCACGACGAACGAUGGAAGGCCAUUUGAUGCUUCUCGGCGGCUCCAACGAAUCAUCCCACAAAGCUGACGGCUGCUGGCUGGGAAAUGGUCAAGUGUUCUAUGUCGUCGUAGCCGAAGGCUACUUGCAGUUAUACUUGAGAGCUGACCGACAUGAGCUACAAGAAAAGGUGGCGCUGACUCGAAAGCGUGUGUGUGUCCGUCGCGCGCAGAAAUCUCUGUUUCAAGUGGACAUUUCACACCGUUUUGGGGGUACGAAAGUGCCGAGUGCUGCACCAAGGAAGCUCACGUUUCUCGCCUCCAGUGUUCGCAGUGCCGAGAUGUGGGUCCAGUUCCUUUGUCGUUGGAACCGCGUGGGCUUUGCCGCCCCUGUUCUAGUCGACCAAGCACCCGAACACAUUGAGACGUUACAUCUGCUGCUCAAGCAUGCGUACAUGGCAGACGAAGACAAGUUUGUAUCGCAUCAACCGCAGCGAAGAUGGUGAAGGCGGAUAUUUAUGUUGAGUGGCCACCUCGACAACUUGGACGAAGCUUAGCGGUGUUUGAUGGGCAUUGCAAUGUACUAGUAGGAUACUUUUGCACCACGAUAUAACGUGGCGACUUUACCGGUAAUAAUCUAACGUUAGCAACGUUAACAUAGCUUGAA